AUGGACACAGUGACGGAGAGCAGCAUGGCCCGUGCCAUGGCACUGAUGGGGGGCAUCGGUGUCAUUCACAACAACUGCACUGUGGAGCAGCAGGCACGGAUGGUGCGAAGUGUGAAACUGUACCGCAACGGGUUUAUCAUGAAGCCAAAGUCUGUCUCCCCCGACGUGCCUGUCUCGACCAUUAGGAAUAUAAAAUCGGAGAAGGGUAUCAGCGGCAUUCUUGUCACAGAAGGGGGUAAAUACGACGGUAAAUUGCUGGGUAUUGUAUGCACCAAGGAUAUAGACUUCGUAAAGGAUGCCAGUGCUCCGGUGUCGCAAUACAUGACACGGCGCGAAAAUAUGACAGUGGAGCGGUACCCUAUCAAGUUGGAGGAGGCGAUGGAUGUACUGAACCGCAGCCGUCACGGAUACCUCCCCGUGCUCAAUGACAAGGACGAGGUGGUAUGCCUCUGUUCCCGUCGUGAUGCCGUCCGCGCGAGGGACUAUCCAAACAGUUCUUUGGACCGCAAUGGGCAUUUGCUUUGUGCGGCGGCCACCUCCACUCGGGAGGCCGACAAAGGACGUGUGGCAGCUCUGUCAGAGGCGGGUAUCGAUGUUCUGGUACUUGACAGCUCGCAAGGCAACACAAUUUAUCAGGUGUCUUUCAUACGCUGGGUGAAGAAGACAUACCCCCACCUCGAGGUUGUGGCCGGUAACGUCGUAACGCAGGACCAGGCGAAGAACCUGAUAGAUGCCGGGGCAGAUAGCCUGCGGAUCGGGAUGGGAAGUGGGAGCAUUUGCAUCACACAGGAGGUUCUUGCAUGCGGUCGGCCCCAGGCAACAGCAAUUUAUAAAGUUGCCCGCUACGCUGCUUCUCGUGGGGUUCCGUGUGUUGCCGAUGGUGGCCUGAGGAAUGUUGGUGACGUUUGCAAGGCGCUGGCGGUUGGCGCCAACGUGGCGAUGCUGGGUUCGAUGAUUGCGGGUACCUCCGAAACGCCUGGGGAGUAUUUCUUCAAGGAUGGCAUGCGGCUCAAGGGCUACCGUGGAAUGGGGAGCAUUGAUGCUAUGCUGCAGGGACGGGAGUCAGGCAAACGGUACCUGUCGGAAAAUGAAACCCUGCAAGUGGCACAGGGUGUGGCAGGGGCUGUGCUUGACAAGGGCUCCGUUCUGAAACUUCUGGCGUACAUCCAUAAGGGUUUGCAGCAGUCGGCUCAAGAUAUUGGGGAGGUGAGUUUUGAUGCCAUAAGGGAGAAGGUGUACGAAGGUCAAGUUCUCUUUAACCGGCGCAGCCUGACGGCGCAGUCAGAGGGUGCUGUUCACUCGUUGCACCACUACGAGAGGAAACUCUUUGCCUCGAAGCUCUAA